GUUUUGAAGAAAGACCAGAAAGAACGCUGAAAAAGCACACUCACACUCUCUCUCUUUCUCUCCCUCUCUGUUUUGAUUUCUCACUCUAGAAAUCCCCAAUUCCCCCCAGCAUUCUUUUCCCGGAACCGCCUGCAAUGCGCUGUUUUUCUGGCUGAAAUCUUUAGUUCAGGGGAGUUGCCGAGUUGACCCGCUGAGUUGGGCUGGGAAAAAUGAUGCAUGAGGCAGUGGAGAGUAGCUCAGUGCAUGGUGUUGGUGGGUUCUCGCAGUUGCAGAGCUGUGGGGACAGCAGCGAGGAGGAGCUCUCAGUGUUACCUCGUCACACCAAGGUGGUCGUCACCGGAAACAACCGUACAAAGUCUGUUCUUGUGGGUCUUCAGGGUGUGGUCAAGAAAGCUGUUGGUCUUGGAGGAUGGCAUUGGCUGGUACUUACAAAUGGAAUAGAGGUAAAGCUUCAAAGAAAUGCAUUAAGUGUGCUUGAAGCUCCAACUGGCAAUGAGGAUGACGAUGAUCUUGAAUUUGAAAAUUUUCACUGGAACGGAUCAGAUCUAGCCUCUGAUGACACCCAAAAGUCAUAUAGAUCAAGGCAGAGGAUGCACAAGUCAUCAGGGCUAGCCCCCAAGACAAUUGGUCGUUCUCUAUCGUUUGAUGUUCAGUCUAAAGGUUCUGUUUUGGCUCAUAGGAGGUCCACGAAAGUGGAUUUAAGCAAGCUUGAGAUGACUGCUCUAUGGAGAUAUUUGCAGCACUUUAAUCUAGUGGUUGUCCGACCAAACCCAUCAAAAGAACAAUUAAUUGAUGUUGUCCAGAGGCAUUUUAUGUCCCAGCAAUUGGAUGAAUUGCAAGUGAUUGUGGGAUUUGUGAAGGCUGCCAAGCGGCUGAGGGCUAUGUGCAAAUAAGUUUGGAAGUUGUUAUAAAUGGAAGCAGCCCUUUGUAUCCUACACUAACAAAAGGGAGCAUCAGAGACGUUUACUUCAGUAAUAUUAUCACUCUUAUUAUAUUAGUAAUAGUAGUAGUAGUAGUAUAUACUAAAUGCGAUUUCCUCUUCCUCUUCCUCCUGAUUUAUUUUUCUAGGGAUUGUAAGUUGUAACUUUAGGUUAUAGAGAGGAAUUCGCGGGGUCAUCUAGUGGUAGAUAAUAUAUUAUGUAGAUAACAUCUGAGCCUGCAAAAAGUUAGGAAGCCUUGUGGACUUUCAAAGCUUUGAUUGAAUCUCUCACCAUAGUAGUUGGAUGUCGUGGUGGUGGUACAUUCUAAUGUAUAUAUAAAUUCUGAUAUGUUGC